AUGGGUAUACUUUCCAACCCACAACAGCGACAGAAAAUUGUUGAUACGAUUGCCAAAUACAACAAUAAGAUCUGUUUCCUCUGCUAUGUGGCUGGAGUAGCCUGGUUCCUGGCUCUUGCCUAUCCCCCCAUGAAUGCUAAAAAUUACUUUUCAGAAAAUGCACUUUUACCAGGUCUUGUGGAAAAUGAGUUUUACUCAAGUGCAGAUAUCAAGACUUACAUAGAAGAAUAUAGAGCUGAGCUUAAAAAAGAUGCAAGGAAGGUACCAAGAGAGUGGGUUUAUGAGAAGCUGAGAUCCAUAGGCCUGGAUACCUACAUCCAUAACUACAGCAUCCGCUACCCUCUCGGGAUUACCAAAGAUAAGAUGGUCCCAGGACAGAAUGUGUAUGGCAUUCUGCGUGCUCCAAGGGCAGCAAGUAACGAAGCCCUGGUUAUGUCAUCGCCACUGAGGGCGAAGGAAUCGGACCUGACAUCGACAACAGGGGGCAUCGCAGUCAUGCUGGCCAUAGCAAGGUUCUUCAGACAGAAGACUUACUGGGCCAAAGAUAUCAUUUUCUUGUUUACGGACCAUGAACAGAUCGGCAUUCAGGCGUGGUUGGAUGGUUACCAUGACAUUGAAGCUGAAUAUAUACAGCCGGGUGAGUUGAUGGGUCACAGUGGUCAGAUUCAGGCAGCUCUGAACCUGGAAAUCCCUGCUGGAAACAUUCUCAGUUACAAUGUGAAGAUUGAAGGACUAAAUGGCCAACUGCCAAAUCUCGACUUCUUUAACCUGGUGGUUAGGUUGUGUAAGAGGGAAGGUGUUGAUGUUACUCUUCAUAAGCAGAAUGACCCAUUUCUGUGGAACACAUUACCAGGCUACCGAAGUUCUCUGAGUAAUAUGAUGCAGAUGAUGUGGACUCAGGCAAGUGGUAUCAGCUCCGGUAACCAUGGUCUUUUCCUUAGGUAUCACAUCGAGGCUCUGACACUAGAGGGCAUCGCAGCAAAGAAAGGUCAACUUAGAGGUCUUGAAAAGGCUGGAAGGGUAAUUGAAGGAGUGUUUAGAAGUCUAAACAAUCUACUUGAACGAUUUCAUCAAUCUUUCUUCUUCUACAUUCUUCCCACAACUUCCAAUUACAUCUCCAUUGGUAUCUACAUGCCUCCAUUCGGUCUGAUCUGUGCUGCUGGUCUCAUCAAAGCAAUCGCUCUUUGGGUAGCGCUCUCUGCUCGGGAGGACGAAAAUAAAGAAAUAACCAAGAAAGAGGAGACAGAUGAUGAACAGGAUGACACCAAAGAGAGCACGGACAAGGAAAACACUGGGGAGGAGAGAGAGAAUAGUCUGGCCGAGGACAUUAAAGACAAGAGUAAGGAUGAAGAGGAGCUGCUGAGACGCCUUAAAGAAACCCUUGGGGAGGAAGAUGUGGGCAGUCUCAACCCUGAUAAACAACAGCAGUUACAGGACCUGCUGGACGAUGUCGCGGAGCCCCCAACUGGAUUACUGUCAAUCCUUCCCUUGAUCCUGAUUUCCAUGUUGAUGGGUGUACUCUCCUAUACUGGCCCGGAGUUUAUCACCAGUGUGGCGCCACCUAUCCGUAUGAAGAUUGACGAUGUGAUUGCAUUUGGACUGAUGGCAUUAUUCACUGCCUCCUUAUUGUUUCCUCGAAUGGUGGGAAGGAAAUCAGAUCAUGCCAAGAAUCUAGCAUUUGAUUGGGAGCUGCUGAAGAGCCUGGCACUUAUAUUCCAAUCUCUGGUUCUCUUCUCUAUAUCUCUAAUGAAUAUCUCCCUGGCAUUCUUCUUGGCCGUCGUUCUGGUGCCCGUCACUGUCAUUGUACACCCCACACAUAGCAGGAUGUUAAAUCUGAUCCAGAAAGCUGUUGUAUUUCUGAUAUCUCCGGCUUCCAUGGUACUAGCAGCGGCCAUGAUUUCCUGUAUUGGGGAGAAGUCGACAUUCCUUGGGAUGAUGGGAUUAUCUUGGGAUACAACUAAACAUGGCCUACUCCUCACCAUCAUUGACAAUUAUUUCUUCUCCAGCUGGAUGUAUCCCUUCUUCAGUCUCCUCAUCCUUCCCAACUGGCUCUUCUUCUGGGGUAUUAUACACUGUCAACUCCCUAAAUCUACAUCGUAAUUUACAAACCCUAACACUGAAAACUUAUACCUUGUCAACAAUCUACAACAUAGUCAACACAACAAGGCCCACACCCAGUACACACUAUGAGUGCGUCAUUCUCAACACUUCAAAUAUUGAGUGUAAUUUACAUUUGA